AUCUGCUCAAUAAAUACUGGUGAUGAAGAAGAGGCACUCACAAGCAAAUUAAUUAUUUCCUUUCUUCCUCAAGUCAUGGCGAGAAUGUCGAAUUUCUUCAAGCGGCUUCCCUGGUUCCGUAUUCUGCAGGUGAUAGAGCUAUUGUUAUCAGGGGCAUCGAAUUCUGUGAAUUUAUACUCGUUUUUCCACACCCAAGGAUUCUUGUAGGGCUGCUGAGUACAACACAACCCGGCAAGGGAGGAUAUAAUAAAGCGCAAGGGCGGAGCUAGGAAUUUUAGUCAAGGGGAGCCGGCUUUUCAAGUCUUAAAAUAAUGUAUUGUAAUUUUGAAAGCUUACUUUUAUAUUAUAUAUUAAAAUAAUACUUGACAAGUCUU